AUGCCAGCAACGAGCUCUGGCAUGCUUCACCGCAUGAAUCCUUCGCUCUCUUUCGGCACGUGUCGCUUCCACAGGAUUCCCUUGCCGGACAGAAGGGCCGGCAGGAUAGGCGUUGUGUGGCAACAGGACGAACCUGCACCGUCUAUGCCCCAACGGACAGCCGAGACAGCAUCUCUGUCGAGGCAGGAUCAGGCAAUAGAAGACCUCGUAUUCGAGCGCGAAAACACGCCCGAGAAGGUCACUGCCAGAGGCCGCCCCGGUGGAUAG